AUGGCGCUAGUGCGCCGCAUACUAGGCGACGCCCAGGCGAAACUCCGCAAAAUGGUCGACGAGCAAGUAUCGGUGGGCGCCCGGGUUGAUGCGGACGCCGAGCCGGAGCCGGCUGACCCUCUGAUCACGCCAGCCAGCUCGGCGCUCGAGCGGCCUGAGCUAGACCGACCCGUGCCGCCUGAGCGACGCUUGCUCAUCGGCACCCUGGACAAACGUAACGGUGGGCUCGGCGUCGACAAGGAGGGCACCAUCAAUAGGACCACUAGACUGUCUGUAAGGAAUGGGAAGGACAAUCCCUUCAUAGACGAUGACAAUAAAGAAAACCAGGCGAAUGGCAAGCUAGAGUCCCCGGUGAAAUGGUCGACACAAAAUGGCAGCGACAGUGGUACUUACGCUGAAAUCGGCAAUGGAGGCAACAGUCAUACCAGCGAGAGGAAUAUUCUGGAUCCUGCCGACAGUUCAGAGGAAGAAGUACCUCUGCCUGAUGCUACGUCUCCAGGCAGAAGUAGCGACGGUCCUGAACCAAGAGCUGACAUUACUGCGACACUUGAAGGAGAUGCAGCCUCCCCCGGCGGUCGUUCGGAUCGGUCGCGGCAGGAGGAAGUUCCAGCGUCCCCUGGGAUGCUCACCGCCGCACAGGUAGCCAGGAGACUCCGGAUGGAAAAUGAAAGAUUACAGGCCGAGCUGACAAGGGUCCGUCGCCUACUAGUGGCGGCUGCAGAACGAGGAGAGGCUGGGAGCACACUGCUGGAACGAGCCAAGUCUGACACCCAGGAUGCACCUCAACUAGAUCCUCAGCAGCUGGAAAAAGAACUACUGCUGGCUAGAGAAGCUGUUAACUCUUUGAAAGCAGACAAAAAGAGGUUGAAAGCUGAGAAAUUUGAUUUACUAAACCAAAUGAAACAACUCUACGCCACUCUCGAAGACAAAGAGAAAGAGCUCCGAGACUUCAUAAGAAACUACGAACAGAUGCGUUCGCGGGGUGGAGCUUCAUCAGCUUUAGGAGCGGAGCGAGCUGAACGUGAGCGGGAGCGAGCUGCCUUACUGCGUCAUGCUCGGGAUGAAGCUGAGCGCUCUCUACAACUUGCGGCCGCACUCAGUGCGAGGGACACGCAACUGAGACAUGCACGAGAACAACUCUUUGAGGCUAGAAGACAGUUGCAAGCCGCAGGAUGUCUGUCGGAGGGCGAGAGCGUGGCGUCUCUUGGCAUGGGACCGCCAAUGAUGUUGGGAGGACCUUCGGGAUUGAUCGGAGACAGAGGCAGCUGCAGCGCUGAUUCUGGUGUUAGAGGUAAAAAAUAA